UCUCCUCGAUGAAAGACCAACCACAGGUUAAUGUCACAGAGAUCUCCUCACCCGACGAUGUAUCAUCAGCCAAAAAGUCAAACCUGUUCGAUAAGAUAACCAGAGCAGCCGGUUCGAGCACUACUUUCUUCGUCAUGUUAGCCAUUUUGGGAGUUUGGGUGCUACUUGGUUUUAUUUUCGGGCCCACGGAUACCUGGCAGAUUAUCCUCCAGAACACGAGCUCAAUUCAGGUCUAUGUCACGGACAUUCUCCUGAUUAGACAAUCCUCCAAUGCUGGAAGAUCCAUGAUGACAACACUCGCCGAGUUGCAAUCCAGGAACAAGACUUGCGAACGCCUGCUUCGUCAACUCCCAAGCUGUUCAUGGAUGGAGACCCACAAGGAGAAACCAAAGCAACUGCUCGUGAAUGGUCGACCAAUCGAAGAGGAGAUUGAAAGCUUAUACAUGGUAAAUGGCCGGCAGACGUGGUUCCAAAAGAGGUGGAGCAAGACCUGCCAUGUUGUAUCUAAGAGCGUGGGAUCUGUCUGGGCGUUCAUGUUCUACUGGAUCGGCAUUGUCGUCUGGAUCGUUUUGGGUAUUCCCGUUCAAUUCAGUAACGAAUGGCAAUUGUACAUCAACACCAUCACCGCUUUGUCUCUCACACUGACCAGUGUCUUUCUCCAAAACAUCCAACAGCAGCAAGAGGACAAUCUAGAGAAGUCUUUGGAGUACGCCCUGAAGGUUGAUGCCAAGGUUGAAUAUCGCGUCCGCAAGAUUACCGAAGACACCAAGCCAAAUCCCAUCUAUGAGAUCCCUCUGCGUCGUUUGAGUCGAAGUGAGAGGGCUAUUGCUCGUUUCGCAGCCAUCAUGGGCAGCGGCCUUGGGGUCCUCAUUUCCCUCGUUGCACUCAUCGCAUGGCUUGCCGUCGGUCCCAUCCUUAAAUUCGACGACAAUUGGGUGUUAAUUAUCGGCACAUUUACCGGUCUUGUGGGCUUUAUCGACGGUUUCGUUCUACGCAACAUUUACGCCAUCGAUGAGACUAGCGCCGCAUUGCAGUUCCGAGCUCUCAUGUAUUCCGAUAGCCGACUCCUCGAGGUCUUGAAUAUUCCCGUCCCCUUGGAGCCCGUCAAAAAGUUAUCUCUUUCGGAAAGAAUAAGCUUGGCGACCAGCGAUUUGUGUGGGCAUCGGCAUGCUUCAGUUGGCGCAGUUUUAGUCGUCGUUGGCUUACUCGUUGCUGCCUCGAUCUUGCGGUGGUCUGAGACUGGCCAAUUGCUUUGUAAUACGCCAACUAUGAUUGCCGAGGGCUUUCUGUUGCUCGUUCUCAUCCAAGCCCACAACUUCUCCAACAUGGAGCGAGGUCGUGACUUCAAUGGGCUGCUGAAACGAAGGCUACUGCUCAGCAGCUAUGUGAGCGAUCUAGAGGAUCAAAAGCACUGAGGAGCGUCUUUAAAACUCUCAUUCCCUUGUACUUACGGCGCUCGUCAAAAAUGUGCAUAGCACGGUGCAUGUAUGGGAAAUUUUGUUGGAAAUGGGUGCCAAAGGCUACCAGUGGCGAUUCAGCUGUGCAGGCAUGGCUAAGGUUCGCUUGGUUUGGCUGUUCAGCUAAACAAGGGGUUUUCAGGGGCAAC